AUGACUAAUUGGAGAAAAGCAAUGGAAGUAUUUAAUACGCAUGUUGGUGGUGUAGCUAGUGCUCACAAUGAUGCGAGAACACAACUUGAGGCUUUUAAAAAUCAACGACAAAGUGUGUCACAUUUGCUACAAGCACAGGGGCGUGAAAUGGAGGUUGCAUAUCGCACUCGAUUAACGACAACUUUAGAUGUUACACGCUUUCUUUUGAAACAAGGUUUGCCUUUCCGUGGACAUGACGAGUCAUUGAAUUCUUCAAAUAAAGGUAACUUUCUUGAAUUGAUUGAGUGGUAUACCCAAAGAAAUGAUGAGGUUGCCAAGACCAUGAAUGAAAAUGCCCCUGGAAACAAUCAAAUGAAGUCUCCAACAGUUCAAAAGGAUUUAACACGGGCUUGUGCUGCUGAAGUCACAAAUGUCAUUCUUAAUGAUAUAAAAGACAAUAUAUUUUCUCUUAUGGUUGAUGAGUGUCGAGAUAUUUCAAUCAAAGAACAAAUGGGAGUUGUUUUAAGAUACGUGAACAGACAUGGAUGUGUUAUUGAAAGAUUUCUUGCUAUUGUACAUGUGUCUGACACUUCUGCUAUUUCUUUAAAGAAGGCUAUUGAUGAAUUGUUUGCAAAACAUAAGUUGUCAUUAUCAAGAUUGAGAGGUCAAGGAUACGAUGGAGCUUCAAAUAUGCGAGGUGAGUAUAAUGGAUUGAAGGCUCUUAUAUUGAAGGAAAAUUCAUCUGCAAGGUAUGUCCAUUGUUUUGCUCACCAACUUCAACUAGUUGUUGUUGCAGUUGCUAAAAGCAAUCGAAUUGUGAGUGAUUUCUUCCAAUAUGUUACUAUGAUUAUGAAUAUUACUGGUGCUUCAUGCAAAAGAAAAGAUAAGUUUAGACAACUUGAACAUGAUAGACUUGUAGAAUGUUUGGAGAAAGGUGAUAUUGUUAGUGGCAAAGGAAAAAAUCAGGAAAUCAAUUUAAAACGACCAGGGGAUACUCGUUGGGGUUCACAUUACAUGACUAUUAUCCGUUUGAUGUCUACGUGGACUUCUGUUUUACAAGUGCUUGAAAAUGUGUAUGAUGAUGGUACUAAUGAUGAUAAUAGUGGUAUCGCCACCAGUUUAAUUGAUAAGAUGGAGAAUUAUGAAUUUGUGUUUGUGAUGCAUUUGAUGAAAUCUUUAUUGGGAAUCACAAAUGAGUUGUCACUUGCCUUACAACAAAAGGAUCAAAACAUUGUACUGGCUGUCAGUUUGAUCAAGACAAUGAAAGUUCGAUUACAAAAAUUGAGAGAGGAAGGAUGGGAGAAUUUUUUGGACGUCGUCAACAAAUUUUGUAGUAACCACAUGAUUCCAAUACCGAAUAUGGAAGAAAAUAUGAGAACUCGUGGUCGCAGCAGACGUAAUGGACAAAUGAUUACUAAUUUUCAUCACUAUCGUGUUGAAAUUUUUUAUCAGGUUCUUGAUAUGAUGGUUCAAGAGAUGAGUAAUCGGUUUUCAGAAUCAAGUACGGAGGUACUUACUUGCAUUGAUUGCUUAGAUCCAAAGGACUCUUUUUCUCAAUUUGAUAUUGGUAAGCUACUCCACCUUGCUGAACUUUAUCCGGAGGACUUUUCAUUGACUGAUCGUGCAAUACUUGAGGACCAACUUGAGACUUACAUUCAAAACGUACGAGGUGAAUUUUCUAUGAUUGAAGAUUUGGGAAGUCUUGCUAAAAAGAUGGUUGAAACGGGGAAGAAUACAAUUUUUCCAUUGGUAUAUCGUUUGAUCGAGUUAGCAUUAGUUUUACCAGUUGCAACUGCUUCUGUUGAAAGAGUUUUUUCUGCGAUGAAAAUUAUCAAGACUUAUUUGCGUAAUAGGAUGGGGGAUGAGUGGAUGAAUGACAGUUUGGUAGUAUACAUCGAGAAGGACAUUUUUGCUACAAUUGAAAAUGAACAAAUUUUACAGCAUUUUCAACAGAUGAGCACUCGUAGGAUCCAAUUGUCUCCUCUUGUUUGUAUGUCUAGAUCUGAUGCUGGUGGUUCAAGUAUUAAAAAAUAA